AGUAAUGCCCGUUUUAAUAAACAUGCAGGCAACCAAACAAUGUGGCAGAACCGAACGCGAAAUGGUGGCAAUAAAGACUCCUUCACAGAAAGCCACCUCAACUUUCGAAUUAAAUCUAUUUUUCAGUAUUUUGGUAGUGCCCAAAAGCUGCACUGAAACUUGUUCCUCAUGCAGAGCCCCAACUCACCAUCUCAAACGUACGUGUCAUCACAUUGCACUCACCACCCUUCUAUAAAAUAUCACCACCUCUCCUCUUAUCUCAAUCCCAUUCACAUCCAUCUUUUGCUUCAUCACUCUUCUGAAACAAGUUGUCCAAAGUUUCGUCACUCCCAAAACUCUCAUCUCAGCUCCAGCUCUCAUCAAUGGCGGAUCGUCCUCAGCCACACCAGCUCCAAGUUCGUCCCCAGCAUGGCCUUGGGGCCAAGACCCAAUACCAAGGCCCGUCAACUGGCCAGGUCCUCGCAGUCAUAACUGGCCUUCCUGUUGGCGGAACCCUGCUAGCCCUUGCUGGUCUCACACUCAUGGGCACCAUCAUUGGGGCUCUGUUGGCCACCCCACUCUUCAUCAUCUUCAGCCCGGUUCUUGUCCCGGCUCUCUUUGUCAUUGGCCUGGCCGUUACCGGAUUUCUAACUUCGGGGGCUUUUGGACUGACUGCACUCUCGUCUCUGUCUUGGGUCACCAACUACCUCCGAAGGGCCGCGGGGUUGGUGCCAGAGCAGCUGGACCAGAUGAAGAGGCGCACAGCGGAUGUGGCAGAGUUUGUGGGACAGAAGACCAAGGAGGGCAGCCAAGACAUCCAGAGUAAGGCCCAAGACGAAAAGAGGAGGACAUGAAAGUCGUUGAAGUGGAAGAAAGGCUAGAGAGGUUGUAUACGAGAAUGGAAGGGAAAUAAUGUCGUAACCUAUUUCGAGUGGUUUUCUAUUGUUAGGUGUUGAUGUUGGCUGGCUUCAGAGGUGUACGUAUCUAGUGCUGUUCGUAUUGUCAUGUACUUGUUCUCGUACGUAGAAGAGUCUAAUGGGGUGGUUUUUGGCAGAAUUUAAGAGGUCCAUGAAUUUCGGUUAUGGUUACCUUUAGAAUCUGGCACUUCCUGUGUAAUUAUUUACAUUGUGUUUAAUGUAUGUCCUUAAAUGUUAAUUAUGCAAAUUUAUUGGUA